AUGAGCCUUUUAGACUCGGAUAUCCAUGACGCGUCUGGAUCGUCCAGCAACUUGGUUUCUUUAGAAUCAAAGCCAUCUUCUUCAUCUUCAACUUCGUCGUCAACCCCUCCGUCUGCAUACUCUGCCACAGUUCUCACUCCAACUCCGUCGUUUACAGUAUCGUCACAAAAGCCAAGCGAGCCGGCUACCACAUCGAGCACCUCAGCCAAUAACACCACGCAGAACCAAUCAUCCAAAGCUGUGGAACCGUCAAAGGAUGACAUGCAGGGCAUUCUUGACCAGUUUGAUCCUUUAUCGAUAAGCAAGCAAAAGGCAAACAAGGAUGAGAACAACACUGCGGCUCAGCCAGCAGCAGCGGCAGCAGCAUCAACAACAACAACAGCUGAGCAACCAACCAAACCAGAAGCAUCCACAUCAUCAUCAUCAACAUCAACAUCUCAAAAGUCAUCUGAAUCAGACUCUAAAAAAACACCAUCGACUACUCCCGCAGAGCCUGUCCAGAUUGAUGAAAAAAAGUCAUCUCUUGAAGCGGUCAGACGAAUCGAACCCAAUAGCCCACCACCAUUUGACUUUCAAUGGUUUUUGGAUCUGCUGCGGCACAAGAGUGCGGAUCCCAUUGCUCGCUACCUUAAAAGUUUUUUGACUGAGUUUAACAAGCGAAACUGGACAGCUGAUGAGCAAAUCAAAAUCAUUACGGACUUUAAGAAUUUUAUUGCAGACAAAAUGACCCAAUACCCACCAUUUUCAAACCUCUCAGAACCUGAAAUGGCCAAUGCACUCGAGGGCAUGGAAAAACUUGUCAUGAACAGACUCUAUUCAAAAACUUUUUCACCAGAAAUUCCUGAUUUGCGCCGAAUUGAUAGCCACGAAGAGGAUGUCUUGCGUGACCGCAUUCUUGACGACAAGAUGUCUAUUUGGCAGUGGAUUGAAGGCCGCCACCUAGAUAUCCCAAAUAAGUUUCUGCGCAAUGGCGAGUCCUUUGUUAAGCUUGCUAGUGACGAGUUGCGCAAAAUUAACCACUAUAGAGCGCCUCGUGAUAAGGUUGUGUGUAUUCUCAAUUGCUGUAAGGUGAUUUUCGGGUUGCUGCGCCAAACUAGCCGGGAAGAAAAUGCAGACGGAUUUGUUCCGCUUCUCAUUUAUGUAGUCAUCAAGGCCCAUCCAAAAAACCUAGUUUCGAAUAUCAACUAUAUUCAGCGAUUCCGGAACCCCGAUAAGCUAUUUGGUGAGGCAGGGUAUUACCUUUCAUCUCUCCAAGGUGCCGUUAGUUUUAUCGAAACCCUUGAUCUCACUUCACUCAGUAUCACGGAGGAAGAGUUUAAUCGGAACAUGGAUGCUGCAGAACUGGCCAAGAAGAAGGCGCAAUCUGUUCGCUCGGAAUCAACACACCCACCGUCAACACCGGAACGUUCUGCAACGCCAGAUCCCUCUUCUCGAAGACUCGACAGCCCCAGAGCCCAAUCGGGCAAUCUGACGCCAUCUGCGGUAUUGCAAAAUUCUGCAGGACUUUUGGCAGUCCCCUUUAAAUCAUUUACAAAGUUCUUUGAUGCCGAACCUUCGUCGCCGCCCACAAAACCUGCUACACCUGCAAUUGAAGGCACAAUUAUUCAGCCUGAUCAAGAAACGCUUCAAGAUUCAUCACGGAAGCUUCACGAGGCUGCGGCCCACGAAAAACAAAUGUUGCAGCAGCAGCGGGCAGGCGACUUUUUCACGCCACCUCCGGAUGCGUCCAACUCACGGCUGUCACCUGAAGAGCUUGCAGCACGCCAGGUAUCUGCCGAAGAAGAAGAAGCACGGCGCAUCUCGCGCAAAGAGUUCAAAUCCGUGGUCAAUACGCUUUCCCAAAUGUUCCCUGCACUUGACCGCAAUAUUAUUGUUGAUGUGGCGACCGAGACGCAAGGCCGUGUUGGUGCUGCUGUUGAUGCAUGCUUAUCACUAGUCACUGAGUGA